CUGAACGAGUAUGAUAGUAUUAGGGAUCUGAAGUUGACGGACGUGGCUACAAACGCAGGAAGUGAUGCGGUUUCUAUGGAGACGUGGCAGUUGAAUCCUGGUCACAGCCGAAGUAAAGUGCGCAGUACAAGAGUGGUGUGGUGAGAACGACGUGUACCAACACGUCCAUCUCUUCAGUAAAACAACUUCCAGUGGCCCAUUCACUCCUGUUGAGUUUAAAGAUAAGCAGCAUUUAAAUUUUAUGGUAAAAGUUUCAAAUAUUCGAUUUGAAUUGUAGGUGCAGCUCACAUCACACUGGUAAAAACUAAAACAAGAAAAAAUGAACUGUGAUACAGAUGAUAUAUCUAUAAAAGUGUUGGAAAUGCAUGCGUUGGGCAGAAACUUUAAGUUGGGGACUCUUUACGACGCCCGAACGGACCAGACGGUCCCAGGCUACACUUUGUGGAAAGAUGAGGAUUUGCAGACUAUCAACACCACGCGCAAUGAAGGUAAAAGUUUCUCGAUGAUCGCCUCGGACAAGUUGACGGAAAAAUUCGGAAACCUCGAUAUCAACGGUUCAUUGAAAAUCAGUGUCCUGCUGGGCAUGGUGGAGCCCAAAGGAUCGGCGGUUUAUCUCAACCAGAAGAAAAGUCAUUUCCGCGAGUCUAGCACCCACGUCAUAUGUCAGUACCGGACGGCAAUCAAGGAGCUUACCAUGAACCAAUUGGAUGAAGGAAAGAUUCGUUUUCCAGACAUUGCCAGGACGGGAAACAACGGAACGGCAACCCACGUCGUGACCAAAAUCCAGUACGGUGCCAACGUCACGUUUACUUUCACCAAACGUUUUGAAAGUGACGAGGACGAGCAGAAAGUUAGUGGCGAGCUCAACAUCCGUGCCAACAAGCUCAUAAACGCACUCAAUGCAAUGGUGUCCGAUGUCAAUGCAAAGAGUUCAGGAACGAGCAGCAGGAAUGAAAAUGACAUCGAGUGUCACUUUCAAGCCGAUUUUCAACUACCCCAAAAUGUCAAAACGCCAACGACGUACGAAGAAGCCAUCGAGUUCGCCAGACAGUUAAUCCAAGCUUCAUCCCAAUCGAUGACCAAAGACGCCACAGACGGAAACCAGCCCCUUGGAGUGCCCAUCGCUGUGUGGCUCUACCCGUUGAGGUUGAUGAAAGUGGGCGAAAGCGCACCGGCCAUUCAAUGCGAAAUUGGUGUUGCGCAAACAUCGGAAUGCGUUCGGAUUAUGCAAGAAUACCAAGAGGUGGAAGAUUUGCUGCACUACUUGCUGAGAGACCCUCUGGCGCAGCAAAUGAAGCCAUUUCAAAAGAAGCUUCAACACUUCCAGCAAUAUCUAACAUCGCUGCGUGACCAGCUCAAAAAGAUGCUGAGAAAAAUGGUCGUCGACAUUCGCAGCGGCAAGAAUACACUGGACCUUCUCAGGCAAGUGCUGGAUAGCAAAACGAAUGACCAAUUUCAUUACUUAAUCAAUACGAAUCACCUGAGUCAAUGGCUGAAGCAAAAGCACGAGGAACUGUGCGCUGUCAAGCGGUUUCAAGAUGAAGUGAAAGAAAAAAUAGGACAAGAUCAGAGCAAAGUUCUUUUCUUCCCUUCGCCGGAAAGGCUGCAAGAGCAAUUCACAAAAUACCCAGUGGUUUACGGAUUCGAAUUCGCAUUCUCAUCGUUAGCUAGAAACGAAACAUUUUUGGAAGAACUCAGGAAACAGACUCUGCACACGGAUGGCAUCAAUGAAGACUCUAAAAUUUCUGAGAAUGAUGAGCUCUGGUGUAGGAACAGAGACAUCAUGAAACGGAUCGAUAAGGAAAUUAACGAUUUCGCCGGACUAGUCGAAGAAAAAUCCAAUGACGAGAGAUACGCCUUUGCCUUGACGGCACCUGAAGAAUACAGUGAAACUUGCGCGUUACAUUCUUCGAUAAUUAUUUACCUCAAGCAGAAAAAGUUGAUUGCGGGCGAUGCCGAACAUUCAAGCAUUUUUAAUCGUUUCGAAGAAGAUAGGAUCGAAGAUGUUCUUGAAAUGUUGCAAUUGUAUGAAUAGCAUUUCUUCGGAGGUAUUUCCCGGUUAAGAACUCAAAGUGCAGAGCGACAAAUAUCAAAAAGUGCAAAUCAAUUUGACCUUGACUGGCAGUUUUUUAAAUACUGUGAUUUUAUCUAAUGUUUCUUAAAAUAAUUUUCAUCUUUUUCUCUGUAGGUCAUGAUAUUAUAUUUCUGACUUUUUUAAAAAAUGUUAAAAUCAAACUUUGAAUAUAAUCGUUGUCAUUCAAAAAUUAAAAUU